CGCUCCUCCUUCGCAUCCAACGCCGCCAUCCUCAACGAUGUGCGGCAUCGACUGCUUGCUAGAUCUGAGUGGUCGGGCGCAAGAUAGUCAGCAUGUCAAGGAGCGUUUAGAGCGCGGGCUUGACGCCAUUGCCCACCGCGGACCGGAUGGUGGCGGAACGUGGGUCAGCAACGACGCUAGAGUCGCCCUCGGUCACGCUCGUCUGGCUAUCAUGGGGCCCGACGCUCGUGGUUGCCAGCCAAUGGCCUCGACCUCAUCCUCUGCACGCGCAAUUGUUAACGGCGAAUUCUACGAGUGGGAACAGCUACUCAACCGACUCUGCCCCAAUUACAGUUGCGCGUCCUCCAGUGACUCCGAGCUCCUUCUCGCCCUCUAUGACCGCUUCGAUGGCGACAUUCAUGCUGUGUUGCCCCACCUGCGAGGCGAAUUCGCAUUUGUCCUCCACGACCCAGCACGCGCCAAGCUCUACGCAGUGCGCGACCGCUACGGCAUCAAGCCGCUCUACUACACCGUAGAGGAUCAGCAACUCGCCUUUUGCUCCGAAAUCAAGGGCCUUCUAGCCAUGCUCCCCAGCGCACCCCGCUGGGACCUUUCUGCCGCUUUGAAUGAGGGCUGGCGAACAGGCAACAGUACACUACUUUCCGGCAUUCGAUGGGUGAAGCCCGGUUCUCUCCUCGAGGUCGACCUGCACACAAAUAGCAUCACCGAACAGUCCUACUUUGUCCGCCAAUUUCCUUUGAAGUCCAUCGACGAUGCUCGACCAAUAGACGCCCUCGUGGCAGGCGUUCGCAGCCGCCUUAUCGAUGCCAUCCGCGUCCGCCUACGCUCUGACGUCCCCGUAGGUGUCUUCCUCAGCGGAGGCGUCGAUUCGUCCGCCGUAGCAGGCAUUGUAGCUCACCUCCUCAAGGCCAAGGCAGCGCCCGCAUUGGAUCCGAGUGUCCCACCUUGCACCUUUCGCUGCUUCACCAUCGACUUUGACCACGAGUGGUCCGAGGCGGGCAUUGCACAGCGCACGGCAGAAUGGGUGGGGGCGCAAUACUGCCCUUUGAAAGUAGACGAGGAGAUGCUCUGCCAAUACUUCGAGGAGGUCAUCGCGCAGUGCGAGCUGCCGUAUGCGGACCUGGGAUGCGUAGCCAAGUACCUGCUCGCGCGUUUCGCCAAGCAGCAGGGCGUCAAAGUGGUCUUGACGGGCGAGGGAUCGGACGAGCAUUUGGCAGGCUACCCAAUCUUCAGAGGGGACAGAUUUGCUGAGAGAGACGCUGCAAUGGGACAAUGCGAGGAUGCCAAGCCGGCAAAGGAGCUCCUCCAGCCGUUGCCCUCUUUCUAUGGUUUGCCCGCGAACAAGCCGCGCUGCUCAACCUCAGCGAGGCCACCGCUCGCCCAUUUGGCAAUGCAUGGCAUGCUCUCCACGUCUCAUCACCACGAAGGGCUGCAAGAAUGGGCAGAGUCAUUCAUCGACCCAAGCGGAGGUGAUGCUGCACUCGACUCCCUGCUGGACAGCCUGCCUCGCAAGUCGCAGGAAGCUAUCCGCGAGGACAAGUACCACCCUCUCCACACCGCUCUCCUCGUUUACCAGCGGUCGACUUUCGUGACCCAGCAGCUCACUCACUUGGGUGACCGAGUAGAGAUGGCUCACGCGCUGGAGGCGAGGACGCCGUUUCUCGACCACCAUCUUACGCAAUUUAUCGACUCUCUCCCGCCUUCUCUCAAGCUCCGCUUCGAUCCGCGCACGAAGGCUCUUCGCGAGAAGUGGAUCCUCUACGAAGCUGCCCGCCCCUUCAUAACCCCGGAGGUGUAUGAGCGAGUCAAGCAGCCCUUUGUUGCUGCCCCUCGUCGCUACCCUCGCGGCGGGCCAAUGCACCGUCUGUUGCAGCGGCUGCUCACUCGUGAAGGUGUGCAGGCGGUUGGCUGGCUUGACUCCGAGAGGGUGGAGCGAUUGAUGGUCAAGGCGUUUGGCAAAGAUGAGCACAUGACAGGCGCUACCGACGACGCACGCGAGGCGAAGGUGGCUACAGCGCAGGCGCUGCUCUGUGCCGAAAUGUGCUUGUUUGCGAAGAGGUGGGGUGUAGAGAAGCUCACGGGGCAGGAGAAGGCGAGAGUGGCAGCUGACGUCGGCGAUGAGGUCAGGAAGAGGGUGCGGAGGGUAGAUUGAGAGGAACGAGACCGCAGCAUUUAGAGUGGGUAUCAUUGGAUGGCAUUCUCGAUCGGCCCCAAGCAUCUACAACGAUGCGCUGUAAGCACCAGACAUUUAACAUCUGCCCACACCAUGUAAUCAAACAUGCGCCCAUCACGCUCCG